GUCCUGCGGCGCAGGCUUUGGCAGAGUUCUGCUGGAGUGCCGCUGGUGCUGGAGUAAGAUGUAAAGAAAUGAACGGGAGCAAGCAGGGAGAGAGGCGACAUCUUCUUGUGCAGGGCUCAACCGUUGUAAACGCGUUGCUAUCUACAGCCCUAAGUGCGAUCCUUUCCGCCUGCCGUCCGCUUACCGGGACGGGAGAUCCGGUUCAAGGCCAAGCUCAGAGCUCGCGUACUUUUUUUCAAAUCCUGGUGUUUUAGGCCUUUACUCUCCUCGCCCUCCCCCCCAACCCCCUUUUCCUAUUUCGCUUACCCUCCGGUUUUGGAGGGUUAAUGGUUUUCUGUCAUUUUUCCUUAUCCUCAUCACUUUAAGUUCUCUUUGAAAACGAACUUGAUCUGGAGAUAAAUCUGUUUUUCCUUGCAGCUAAUCUUCUUUCCCUCAUAGGUUCUCAAAGUCUAAUGCAGUUCCUCUGUGGGGCUCACCCCUUCCCCUCUCCCGCUCCCUCCGCAGCCCCAGCCUCCCUGCAGGAUCCUCCCGCGUCUCUGCAGCCUUUCAGUAUCCUGGAAACCGAGACUGCAGAGAAUUUCAGCUGCUGUUGAAGUUCUUGGCAUCACGGUCCUAAGAGAAUUCUGCCCUGUAGAUUUAGAGUUGAUAAUAGACGUUUCUUUGUUUUAGGCGAACUGUGAAUUUGGUGAGCAUUUUUUCCUUCUUGUAAUUAAACUUAAGCGGAAACAAUUGAAGAGCUGGAAUGCCUGGUGUGAGGCUGAGUUCUUUGGAGUGUGGAAGAAAAUAUUUUUGGGAAGGAAUAAUACAGUUGCUUUUGAAUGACCCAGUGAGAAAAGUCUGUUAUCAUUUGAAGUCCACAAUUUAUGCACUUAAAAUGCAAGUGUUCCUACCCUGUUCUGUACCACAUGUCUCUUAAAUACUUUUUUAAGUCUUAGCAUACCAAACCACUUUAUAAAUAAUUUUUGCUGGACAAUGGAAGUUCAAAAAUAACUUCUGGGUGUUGUCUUAAAGCACAAUUUGAUUAUUAUAGGUUUUUCUUUUUUCUUUUUCCCCUUUCUUUUGGGAGUAGAGUAAAUGUAAAUGGGGCUUGUGUAAACAUGCAUCCUUCUGUUUUGGUUUAAGUUCUAGGUUGUUACUUUGAUUUUAAUUAGUCAUUUUGGUGUUUAAAUGAAUUUGCCUAAAUUUGGUUUAACUAAAAAGAAAAAAAAUUUUUUUUAAAUUUUAGAGGCAGGGUAAGGGCAGGGGAGUGAAAACCAAGAGAUGAUUUUAGAAGUUGUCAAUGAGAAGGAAUGUCUAGUUCUCAUAUUUCCAGCGUAAGAAGUUCAAAUUUAUACUUUUACUCAUGUAUGCUCAGACUUCAGGAACUCAAUUCAGACUUAACUAAAAGAAUGAUGUACCCAUCAGAAUGUACACAUUAGAAUGCCAGUUUAUGUUGGAAUAGAAGAUAACCCUUUCCAGUAAUCAGAAUUUUCAGGUUGAAAAUCCAGUGCACUCUUUCCUGUAUGCAAGAACUUGGGAAGUUGUGUGGUAAUCGUGGAACAAAGAAAGUGAACUUGGAAAGUCCUGAAUUAUAUAUCAUCAUCAAAAUUAUGGUAGAAGCUUAAGAAUUACCCCUUCUCUCUAUAAAGAAUACUUUUUCAAGGGGCUUGGAUACUUAAAUCAACUAGUUAUAUCCUUUUCCUUGGAACAAAGCACGUCUAGAUGUUAACUUUUUCCAUUAAACUGAGGCUAAAAGAAGUUAAACAAGUUUAAGAGGUCAACACUAUAAUGGACCACACAUCCCCGACCUACAUGCUUGCUAACUUAACCCACUUACAUUCUGAACAACUUCUACAGGGCUUGAAUCUUCUUCGUCAACAUCACGAACUCUGUGACAUCAUUCUUCGAGUAGGUGAUGUUAAAAUCCAUGCUCACAAAGUGGUACUUGCCAGCAUCAGCCCAUAUUUCAAAGCUAUGUUUACUGGAAACCUUUCUGAAAAAGAGAACAGUGAGGUUGAGUUUCAGUGCAUUGAUGAAACUGCUCUCCAGGCCAUUGUGGAAUAUGCCUAUACAGGGACUGUUUUUAUUUCACAGGACACAGUUGAAUCUCUCCUUCCAGCAGCAAACCUACUCCAGAUAAAACUUGUCCUGAAAGAAUGUUGUGCAUUUCUUGAAAGCCAACUUGAUCCUGGUAAUUGUAUUGGAAUUUCUCGCUUUGCAGAGACAUAUGGUUGUCAUGACCUUUAUUUGGCAGCCACUAAAUACAUAUGCCAGAAUUUUGAAGCAGUUUGCCAGACUGAAGAGUUUUUUGAGCUUACGCAUGCUGAUUUGGAUGAAAUUGUUUCCAAUGACUGUUUGAAUGUAGCUACUGAAGAGACUGUUUUUUAUGCACUUGAGUCUUGGAUCAAGUAUGACGUCCAAGAACGCCAGAAAUACUUAGCACAGCUACUUAACAGUGUACGAUUACCAUUGCUGAGUGUUAAGUUUCUCACUAGAUUAUAUGAAGCAAAUCAUCUUAUUCGUGACGAUCGCACUUGUAAACAUCUUUUGAAUGAAGCUCUGAAGUACCACUUUAUGCCUGAACACAGACUGUCUCAUCAGACAGUCUUGAUGACACGACCUCGCUGUGCUCCCAAAGUACUUUGUGCAGUAGGAGGAAAAUCUGGACUGUUUGCCUGUUUGGAUAGUGUGGAGAUGUACUUUCCUCAGAAUGACUCUUGGAUUGGUUUGGCACCCCUAAACAUUCCUCGCUAUGAAUUUGGAAUAUGUGUUUUAGACCAAAAAGUGUAUGUUAUAGGUGGUAUUGAAACUAACGUGCGUCCUGGCAUCACUAUCAGAAAACAUGAAAAUUCAGUCGAAUGCUGGAAUCCUGAUACAAAUACCUGGACUUCUCUUGAGAGAAUGAAUGAGAGCCGAAGUACCCUUGGAGUAGUGGUACUUGCAGGAGAACUUUAUGCUUUAGGUGGUUAUGAUGGACAGUCUUAUUUACAAUCAGUAGAGAAGUAUAUUCCCAAAGUAAGAAAGUGGCAACCUGUGGCACCAAUGACUACAACAAGAAGUUGUUUUGCCGCAGCUGUGUUGGAUGGAAUGAUAUAUGCCAUUGGUGGGUAUGGUCCUGCCCACAUGAACAGUGUGGAGCGUUAUGAUCCAAGUAAGGACUCCUGGGAGAUGGUUGCAUCUAUGGCAGAUAAAAGGAUUCACUUUGGUGUGGGUGUCAUGCUAGGCUUUAUUUUUGUGGUGGGUGGACAUAAUGGUGUUUCACAUUUGUCAAGCAUUGAAAGAUAUGACCCUCAUCAAAAUCAGUGGACUGUGUGUAGACCAAUGAAAGAACCCAGAACAGGAGUUGGUGCUGCAGUAAUUGAUAACUACCUUUAUGUAGUGGGUGGUCACUCAGGGUCUUCCUAUCUGAAUACCGUGCAGAAAUAUGACCCUAUCUCAGAUACAUGGCUGGAUUCAGCUGGCAUGAUAUACUGUCGCUGCAAUUUUGGAUUAACUGCACUUUGACAAGUGUGGACUUGUGGAAAUAGCGUAGUGAUGAACCUUGUGCUGCAUGAAAGGAUGCCCAGUUUUCUGAAGCCCAAAAGCUACAUUGCUUCCUUUUUAACUUGAAAUGGCAUGAAGACUCAAAGUUUUGUUGGGUACUUUGAACUGACAAGUAGCUUUGGUUGCUCUUGAUUAUACAGUGAAUCGAUAAUCCAAGAAAAAAAAAAAAAAGGAAA